AUGUCGAACGCAGCCAACUCCGUGAUGUUCCGCUCCACCGAGUGCCUCCGGCAGCUCGACGCCCAGGACCAGAACAGCUACGUGCGCCUGGCGGCAGCCACCAGUCUGGGGCAGGUGGCCAGGAAAGGAGAUGAGGAGGUCCUGGAAGCCUUAAUCGCUCGUUUCAGCGACACCGAUGCCUCGGUGCGCCGGGUGGCAUGCGCUGCAGCAGGGCAGGUCUCCAAUAAGUCCAAUGCGCGCGUGCUUUCGGCCUUGCUGGCGCGCUCUGAGGACCGCGACGGCGGGGUGCGGCGCAGCGCCGUGAAGGCGUUGGAGAAGGUGGCGAAGAAGGAAGAUCCACAGGUCCUGGCCGCGCUCUUCCAGCGCAGCAAUGACUCGGAGGCCUUCGUGCGCUACAGCGCGGUGGAGGCUCUGUGCAAUUUGGCGGCGGAAGGAAGCCCAGAGGUGGUCAAUCGCAUGUUGGAGCUACAAUCUGACCGUGAUUCCCGGGUCCGCUGCUGCGCCACGGAAGCCUUGGGGCGCUUGGCGGUGAGAGGUGACAGUCGCGUGCUCACGUCGCUGCUGCAGUGCCUCGAUGAUGAAGCAGAUGCCGUGCGCCGGGCCGCCGCCACGAGUCUGGGGUACGUGACCUUUGCGCCGCUGCAAGAGCUGGAAGUCCAGGAGCGACAGAUCGCGGAACUCGAGUUCCGUGAGCAGCACGAGGUGUCGACCCGAGAUCGCAUCAUCGCAGAGCUACGAGAAAAGCAUCAGAAGGAAAGCACUGAGCUUCGUGCUCGGAUCUUCGAGCUGGAGGACCAACUGAAGCUGGAGGUGGAAAAACGCGACCUGGAAAUCCAGCAGCUCAAGCAUAAGCUCGAGGAACAGGAGUGGAUCGCAGGCGUGGCAGGUGUCAUUCCACACUCAGGAGAGAUCUCAAAGUUCCUGGACACGCUUCCUGACUUAGCCGGUGCUGAGCACUACGGGAAGCAGAUCUUGGCGCCGAUCUGGGCUUUGAGGUCGGGCGCCGCUCCGGUGCCACGUGCCCGGCCGUUGGUUGACGGCGGGCGAAGGCUGUGGGAGGUGAACAUGGCACGACGGAAGGACCAGGCUUCUGAAGCGACCGGGAACGCUGAAGGCAUUGAAGGCUCAACUUUCACCGCCAUGGUGCUGAUGCAUUGGCUGUUGUGGAGCGCCAGCCUCCUAGGCGCGGCUGCUUUGCGCUUUGCCGAAGUGUUCGGCGAUUACGUGGUGUUGCAGCAGCAGCCCGCGAAGGCGGCCAUCUUUGGAGAGGUGAAUGACACCUCGGUGUCCACGGUGACCGUCGAGCUCUCGGCAGGGUCCAAGAAAGUGGCCAGCGUGGAGGCCAACGUGCUGGGUGGCACCUGGAAGGCACUGCUGCCGCCCCAAGCCGCGGGCGGCCAGUGGUCCAUCACGGCGAGGGCUGGCACGAAGUCUGUGGAGAUGAACUCGGUGACCUUUGGAGACGUGUGGCCUCUGGGCGUCACCGACUGUCCGCUCACCAACGGGGGCACCGAAGCAAAGCUGGAGACCUUUGACUCGUAUUGUUCGGGUCAGAGCAAUAUGGCGCUGCCUUUGAUUCACACCAUGUCUCGAAACAUCAGCGUUGAUGCGAUCAAAGCAGGGAAGUACGCCAACAUUCGAAUCCACGGAAUGAGUGGCAACAUGAACCCUACUCAACCAUGGCAGAAAGUUUCAGAUGCCAUUCAGAGCCCUGGAAGUUGCGAGAAAGGUGACUGCGCCUUCUUCAAGUACUCUUCAACAUGCUGGUACUUUGCGGAGAGCCUCUCUGAUCGGCUGAACGAUGACACACCCAUUGGCCUGAUCCACACUGCCAAGGGUGGAAGCAUGAUUGAGGCUUGGCUGGACAACAAGACCAUUGCCACCUGCAAGAAUGCCUCGAUCAGCGCGCGGAACCAGAAGUACCACGAUGAGCGAGUGAUGCCCUAUUCGAACAUGACUCUGAAGGGCUGGAUUUGGUACCAAGGCGAAAAAAACAUGGACGGUGUGCAUGGCAAUUCGGCUCUGAACUAUGGCUAUGGAUGUUUGGCGCAGCGACUGGUGGACAGUUGGCGACAGAUCUGGAGCACCGAAGCAGAGACGACGAAUCCAAUGGCCCCGUUUGGUUUUGUGACGCUGGCACCCUCGGGUGGUGAAGGCGGCAACAGCAUGGGUGCCAUGCGUUGGGCGCAGACCGCGAACUAUGGCGUGGCGCCCAAUCCGGCCAUGCCCAAGACGUUCAUGGCACAGGCUUUCGAUUUGGACGAUCCCUUCAGCAACAUCACCUGCUAUCGCGCCGGCUGCUGUGGGACGGCCACUCCAAAGCCUCAGUGUCACAGCUGCUUUGGGCCCAAUGGCUACUGCGCCAAUCUCAGCGCCACGAAUUAUUACAUCGGCCCGAUCCACCCCAGAGACAAGAAACCUGUGGGUGAUCGCUUGGCUGCGGCCGCUGCCAGCAUUGCGUAUGGCCUGCAGGGACCAUUUACUGGACCCACACUGGCAGGAUGUCAGAUGGCACAUGGGAAGAUUACCGUUCAGUUCAAUAGGUCGUUGCUUGGAUCAGAUCGCUUGAUUGUCCAAGACUACAAGACGUUGGGCUCGAGCCGUGUGGAAGUCCUCACCAACAAGUCACUAUUUUGUUUGCAGACCAGCGGACGGAAGGACGAGGAAUGCAUCGAUGAUGGCUCUGGCAAGGGUGCUGGUACUGGAGCAUUUGAAGAUGAGAAGACCUGGGUCUCUGUGGAUGUUCACCAGGUGUCUGCGAACUCCAUCGUGGUGGACCUUGCAAAGACCCAGGGCAUGGCCUUUGGAAUCCGCUAUGCCUGGAAAGGGGACUGCUGCGAUCAGAGGCCAGCCACCGGUGCAGCUUGCCCAGUGGCAUCCUGUCCAUUGAUGGCACAGCAUUCCGGAUUGCCAGCAAAUCCCUUUAUUGCGCACAUCGAGAAUGGUCGGUGCAAGUGCGUUGCACCACAGGUGUGCGAUGAGAAUUUGGAAAUGGAAAGCCCUAAACGGAAAAAGAACCUUGGGAGGCACGGCCCCCAAAUCUAACAGGUCCGUUUGAAACCCUGAGGCAAACGUUUCGAAACAAAACCCAAAACAGGGCCAAAAAAAACCAAGCCCUAAACCUGUGGUCGUGUGAGUCCCAGAAUCGGUGGAUUCCGUUGUGGAUAUGGCUCCAGA